AUGUCCUACACCUCGGUAUCGAACAGCGUUGAGCAUACGGGUGUCUUGCAGCCGGUUGCGGGCACCGGCCCCUUCACGGCUGAUGCCAACUCCGUUGAAGCCGCGACGCCGCUGUCCGGCCGUGGGCGCACGGCAGCUUCUUUUUGGUUGGACUACGAGAGCCAGCCAGUGCCGUCGUCCAACCGCGACUCUUCGACACCUGUCCAGACGGCUGCCGAUGUGCUGCCUAUGAUUGAGCCUGUCCUUGAGGUGACUCUGAACUUCGAUAUCUUGACCGCUGGUGACUUACAUCAAUGGCAGGACAUGCGCGCCAUGAUCCGUCAGCUUGCAGCUGACACCGAGACGUCCUGCGAGAAGCGCUCCGCUCAUUAUGAAGGACUCACCAACGGGAUCCUCGAGCAGGUCGAUGAGCUGAUGGCGCGCAUAGUAGAUCUUGAAAUCCAGCAAGAGCAGCUUCGAGUUCGAGUUCAUGAACUCGAGGCAGUCGCCAGGGCCCAGAGCCCGCCCGCCGUUCCAGCCAUCGCUGUCGGUGUGGCUCAUGAGACUGUCGCAGUCGACGCUGAUGAGCCUGUACAGGCAGGUGACCCUAUGCCGAACGAUAAUCAUCCGAGCGGCGUCCAUGUCGAUGGCGAAUUGCUUGAAGAGGAGGAGGGGCCGGACGUUGCACGCCAGUACAUGGAGAAUGCAGAGCGGUGGAAGGAACGGGCGAAGGCUUCCGUCCGUCUCUACGCGCAACUUAGCGCCGUCUCGCAUGUCAGAAGGACCCCGCUGGCGACGAGACGCGUCACCGAUGAGGAAUCAGCUGCAAUAGAGACCCCCGCCCCGCGGCCGGCCGCGUUUUCCUUCCCUUUUGCUGUGCGGUUCUCAUCCGCCGGAAAAGCGUUCUUACAGGUACUCUGGAUUUGCGUGCCGCAGCCAGCGCGGCCGGUCGUCGUCGAUGGCUGCCGUCGCUUGAUAGACGGUAUCGCGGAUAUCGGGAGGGGAAGAAGGAGAAGGGGAGAAGGGGAGGAGGAGGGGGAGGAGGGGCGAGGGCUCUGGGGACGCAGCUUCACAGUGAGCACGCCGAACGUAUCUGCCGGUGAUCAGCUCCAUAUUGCCCCCAAUGGCUUCCGUCCCUUUUCAAAGAAGCGGUGUCGCAGAUAUCGGGAGGGGAUGAAGGGGGAUAGAGGGACAUGGUGGCUCUGUAGGUUCAUCGGCGGUGGUCGUAGGCUCGGCGGGACUGCGGAAGUCCCUGUCCUUGAAUCGUCGAAGGCAAAACGGCAUCUGAUAGCUCCCCUACGCGUACAUCUCCGGCACUCCUCCUCGUCCACUGCUUAUUGCGUCGCAGGCGGCAGCGGCGGAGGGUACAGCCUAUCGCGACCGAGGCGGCGGGAGAGAUACGCGGCUUGCUAUGGCGACCCUGCAUCCUACACGUUCUCGCAAGCAUGUUGUUGA